UAAAUUUGUAUUAUUAUUUUUUUUUAAAAGAAAAAAUAUUGAAAAUGUGUUUUUUAACUAACUGCAAAUUGUUUUAGACAAAACGGAAUUGGAAAAACAUAUUUUGUAACUAAGGUUUCUAUCAGUCAAUUGUUGCCCACAACACCAAUUUUUACAGGGAACUCCACGAUAACCCCCAAUCGCUUCAUACGCAUUUAAGUUAACCCUUUUCCAAAUAAAAAAAAACAUCCACUCAAACAACCUUUCAAUGUCCAGCCAAACCUGACAAUGGCCCUCAUGCAAAGUGACCCCAAUGUCGAUCAAUCUGAAAAUCUGAAAUCAAACGAUUUGAAAUUUGCUGAAAAUUUCCACAAGGCUGCUGUCAAAUUACUGAGCAAACGGAGUGUUGUCAUACAAAAUGCCAUUGAAACGAAGGGAGGCAAUGAGGCAGGGACACGCCAACAACAUCUUGACCAUCCGCCAGCCCACCAGCAACCCAAUACACUGGAUGUAAUAAUGGACAAAAAUUUAGCUGAAAGCAUUGCAACGAUACGAAAAAAUGUAACAAGGGUUCUGCAAGAGUAUUUUCGUCAAAUAAAUGGAGCCACAACAAGAGCAGUUUUCACACAACAGCAACAACAUGAAAUGCCUCGGGCAAGCUCCAGCAACAGCAGCCAACAGCUGACCAACAACCGAACAACAAAUCUAGUGACGACCUCGACCACGACGACGAACAGUACACCUACUCAUUUCAUAGCCACAAUGACUUCGGAAGUUUUGGAAAAUUCCUCGAACCCCAAUACCGUUAACUAUUACAACACCAGCUUAGCGAGCAGCAGUCAUGACAGCAGCAACAACUACACCAAUGUGAUAUCAACAACAAUGUCCCACUUAACGGAUAUUGCAAAUGCCACCUUGGCAUCGACAAAUGCAACAGCCCAUGUCGAGCCCGCCGCCGCCAACCCGUCCGUAACUUCGGCGCCCCCUUUGAUUGCGACAACAGCAGUGGGGAAUAUAACAUAUCCCAGCUAUGGCAUACCAAUUAGCAGUGCGGCAAAUUGUUCGGCAAUUUUUGGCAGCUAUGAACCGCCCGAAACAGGUUUAUUUUGCAACUGGACUUGGGAUAUGUUUACAUGCUGGCCACCUACACCAGCUGGUGCUUUGGCGCACAUGGGCUGUCCAUCGGGAUUUCGAGGUGUGGAUGAUAGAAAAUUUGCCAAUCGUAAAUGUGAAUUGAAUGGCCAUUGGGGUAGCCGUCCCCAUGAGCCGCCCAGUGCCGCUGGCUGGACGGAUUACAAUCCAUGCUUUAAGCCCGAAGUAAAAACGUUAUUGGAUAAAGUUCCGAAUCUGGAGCUAGUUGUUGAAAUAGCCAAACGUACACGUACCUUGGAAAUUGUUGGCCUUAUCCUAUCGCUGGUGGCGUUAAUUCUAUCGUUAAUUAUUUUCUGUAACUUUCGCUCGCUACGCAAUAAUCGUACAAAAAUCCAUAAGAAUCUCUUCAUUGCAAUGGGCCUGCAAGUUGUGAUACGUUUAUCGCUGUAUCUGGAGCAGGCAUUUCGGCCGGGUAAAACGGAGACUAUAACGGGAAUUGAAAAUACGCUCUACCUUUGCGAAACCGCUUACAUCUUACUCGAAUAUGCCAAAACCGCCAUGUUCAUGUGGAUGUUCAUCGAGGGCUGGUAUCUUCAUAAUAUGGUAACGGUAUCGGUGUUCCAAGGUAGAUUUCCCUAUAAACUUUACUCCAUUGUGGGUUGGGGUGUACCCGUGCUGAUGACCAUGAUAUGGGCAAUUUGCACGGCCUUCUAUUAUGCCGAUACCACACAUGAUUGUUGGGGUAAUUACAAUUUGACGCCGUACUAUUGGAUAUUGGAAGGGCCGAGGAUUGUCAUUAUAACGAUAAACUUUGCAUUUCUUUUGAACAUCAUUGCGGUGCUGGUCAUGAAACUGCGCGAGAGUCAGGCCAGCGACAUAGAACAAACCCGCAAGGCCGUUAGGGCUGCCAUUGUCCUGCUGCCGCUGUUGGGCACCAUCAAUAUUCUGUAUUUAGUUCCAACCCUAGAGACACCCUGGAAAUUUGCCUUGUGGUCCUAUGUGACACAUUUCCUAAACACAUUUCAGGGAUUUUUUAUAGCCUUAAUUUAUUGCUUCCUAAAUGGAGAGGUAAGGGCAGUUCUACUUAAAAGCCUGGCUGUGUAUAUGUCGGUGCGCGGCCAUCCAGAGUGGGUUCCUAAACGGGCUUCAAUGUACUCGGCGGGUUAUAAUACAGCCCAUGACACCGAGAAUCAUCAUGGUGAAAAUAAACGCCUUGGCUCACCAUCCACCAAACGUCUGAAUGGCCGCAAGGGCAGCUGUUCCACUGUGAUACAACACAACAAACAUCCUAAACUCAAUAAAUCUCCAAGACUUUCGCACAGCAAUGCCAGUGGCCAGGGUAACCAUUUGCCAUUGCCCACGGAGCCCCACAGCAAUCAUCCCCAUCAACAGCGUUUGGGUAGCACGGGCAGUACCAGCAACAACAAUGGGGGUGGUGGCGCCGGGGGCAGUGACACCAGCUUACAUUCUCUAAAUCCUCUGAACAGCCAUCACCCCAACCAUAAUCUGCAUCAUCAUCAGCAUCACCACCAUCUGCCCCAUAAUCGUCGCACGCAUCACAGCUGGUUGCUGACCCUGUGCUUUCGCGGCCAAAAGGUACUUAGGGUACCACCAGCAUCAACCGAACCUCCUGAAACAAAUGUGUGAUGUCUAAUACUGAAAUGCCACCAAAAAUAUUUAUGACAACAAGAAUGGAAACUUUCACUUAAUACAGUUGAAGAUUUGUUUGUUGUAAAUAUUCGAAAACCAAAUGGAUAUAAUUAAAAAAAUAAAAUAAAAUAUUUAACAUUUGAUUACAGGUAUUUUUUCAAAAAAAAAAAAUAAAUAAAAUAAGUUAAUUUUAUAAGAAAGGAUAAUGCUACUUAUUGUACAGAAUAAAUUCAAUUAAGAAAAGAUAUUUUUGUAUUUUGGUUUUAUAUGUAACAUAAAAUGUUAAUAAAUGUAUAAAUGUAAAAAAAAAUAAAUUGAAAAUCCCAUUGAAUUUGGAAAAUUUUAUCAAAGUGAGGUUAUGCCUCAUACCUGACCUUUACACAAAAAUUCAAAAAAAAAAAAAAAAAUAAAUAAACUCAAGAUCCUCUACAUAUUUGAUCUCAAGGUCUCAUUGAAAGUCCUCGGCCAACAUGGGUGUUCGAAUACAACCAAGAGGGGAACAACUCAAAACACAGCUAAAAAAGUACCUAAAAUAUAAAUCAAAGUAUCUGAAUAAAACAAUUAAAAAAAAAAAAUAAUAUUCAUAUACAACCACAAUUUGAGCGGAUCUCUGGCAAAAUAACCCAAGUCCAGUUUCUUUUAAAAAAUCAUAAAAAAAAAUUUUAUUUCCAAAAAAGUCAAAUCAUUCACAACAGGAAUCGAUCGAUAUAAGCUAAAUAUUUAAAACAACAAACUACUAAGUUAAUUAUUUUUUACGCCUAACACAUAGAUGAAAAUGUAUAAUAUU